AUGGCCAUGAACACCGCAAUCCAGGACAACAAUGCAGAGUGGGAAAGGCAAUUCCUGCAAAGAGACACAGAAGUUGCAGGCUUGCGGAGAAGGCUCGCAAUGCAGCCGCCGCAGCAGCAGCAACAGACGGACCGGCCUAUCGGACACGAAGCCGGCUACAGAAAAACCGUAUUAGCCAAGCCGGAACCAUAUGACAGUAUUAAGAAGAAGUUCUGGAACCUCUUCGAAUCACUACAGCUUUGUUUUGGAGCAAACCCAGAAUACUUCCGGAUAGAAGUAAACAUGAUUAAUUUUACUCUAUCCUCUAUGACAAGCGGAGCAGCGGCAGCACUUAGAACAGAAUGGGUGGAAAGAAAGAUGCUGGCAGAUGAAAGGACAGACAUCGAAGAAAUGGAGCAAUUGGAGAGCUGGGCUCAUUUUGAGCCAUGCUAA